CCGCCGCCGCCGCCGCCGCCGCCGCCGCCGCCAUCGUGGUGCCGUCUCGUACGAACCCGCCCACCACCACCACCACCACUAUGGAUUCCCGCCAUCAAGAUGACCGGGCCGGCGAGACAACGCCGCUGCUGUCGGACCAGCCGUACCAGAAGCCCGACAACGCCGAGCCGGCAGAGGGCGGCUGGCUGGCCGAGGCCUGGCUGCUGUGCCGGUACUCGCUGCCUCUCAUCGCAACCUACCUGCUCCAGUACUCCUUCACCGUCAUCACCACCUUCGUGGCCGGCCACCUGAGCGCCGACGACCUCGCCGCCGCUAGCAUCGGCCUGACGACCAUGAACAUCCUCGGCCUUGCCAUCUACGAGGGCAUGGCCACCGCCCUCGACACCCUCUGCGCCCAGGCCCACGGUUCCGGCCGCCUCACCGCCGUCGGUCUGCACGUUCAGCGCAUGCUCAUCCUCAUGGCCCUCGCCACCAUCCCCAUCGGCCUCUUCUGGGUCUUCUCGCCUUCCAUCCUCGGCCUGUUUGUCAAGCAGCACCACCUCGCCGUCAAGGCCGGCUCGUUCCUGCGCGUCAGCCUGGUCGGCAUGCCAGGCUACGCGGCCUUCGAGGCCCUGAAGCGCUUCCUGCAGGCCCAGGGCGACUUCAAGAGCGCCAUGGUCGUCCUCAUCGUCUGCGCCCCGCUCAACGCCCUCUUCAGCUGGCUCUUCGCCUUCUAUCUGGGCAUGGGCCUCGAGGGCGCGGCGCUGGGCCAGGCCCUGGCCAACGACCUGCGGGCCGUCUUCCUGCUCGCCUACAUCGUCUUCUGGGGCCGGUGGUCGCACGGCUGCUGGGGCGGCUUCUCGCGCGAGGCGUUUGCCGAGUGGGGGGCCCCGGUGCGGCUCUCGGUUGCCGGCGCGGCGGUCAACAUUGGCGAGUGGGCCGCCUUCGAGAUCCUGACGCUCAGCACCUCGUACCUGAGCACGGAGCACCUUGCCGCGCAGACCAUCCUCACGACCAUCUCGGUCGUCAUGUGGCAUAUACCCUUCUCCAUCUCCGUCGCCGUCAGCACCCGCAUCGGCCACCUCAUCGGGGCGGGCCUCGUGCCAACCGCCCGGCGGGCCGCCGCAGUGUGCGCCGUCGUCUUCGUCGUCGUCGGCGUGCUGGACGCCAUCCUCGUCUUCGUGUUCCGCAACCAGCUCGGCCUUGUCUUCUCCGAGGACGCCGUCGUCCGGCGGCUGACGACGAACUCGAUGCUCGCCGUCGCGGCGUUCCAGCUCAUCGACUCCAUCAUCAGCGGCUGCAACGGCGUGCUGCGCGGGCUCGGCCAGCAGUCGGUGGCGGCGUGCAUCGUCUUCGUCGUCAACUACCUGGCUGCGGUGCCGGUCGCCGUCUGGCUCGAGCUGGGGACGCCGGAAAUGGAGCUCAACGGCGCAUGGAUCGGCCUGGGUAGCGGCAUGGUUGUGAUUGCCAUCAUCGAGUGCAUCUACAUGAAGAUGGUUCGAUGGCAAGACUGCGUUGAGAGAGUCAAAGAAAGGGAAGGGUUGUAAAACGGCUUUUCUUUUGUCCUGCUUUCCUUUUCUUCUCAUAGACCAAAACUAAUUAUAUGUAGUUGUGUUUACCGCUGGCCUGGCCUAUAGCAGUACUCCAUGCGGCGAAGCCCUGAUGGCAAAUGCGUGUGGCUAGAUUGUCUUAAUACAAUGGAAUAUGGAUCAACAUCGAUUGUUCAGCUUCAUCGUCUCUUGGUGCCGAGUCGAAAGAAAGUAGUUGGUGCCGAAGCAUGAGGCAGACAGACACACAGUCACGGCUUUCCCGGGAUUGUCUCUGAUGUUGAGUUG